AUGAAGGCUAAAGGAGAGUUGAAAGAAUAUGAAGUCAUCGGCCGUAAGCUCCCGUCGGACAAUGAGCCGAAACCGCCUCUUUACAGAAUGAGGAUUUUCUCUCCUGAUCCCAUUGUUGCUAAAUCACGUUUUUGGUACUUCUUAAGACAACUGAAGAAAUUUAAGAAGACUACUGGAGAAAUUGUCUCUAUAAAGGAAAUCCCAGAAAAGAGCCCAAUUAAGAUCAAGAACUUUGGUAUCUGGCUGCGUUAUGAGUCUCGCUCUGGAGUGCACAACAUGUACCGUGAGUACCGUGACCUGAGCGUUGGCGGUGCAGUGACAACGUGCUACCGUGACAUGGGCGCUCGCCACAGGGCACGUGCGCACUCCAUUCAGAUUAUCAAAGUGGAAGUAAUCAAGGCGUCUGCAUGCCGCCGGCCGCAGGUGAAACAGUUCCACAACAGCUCGAUCCGCUUCCCUCUGCCCAAGCGCGUGCACCACUACAAGCGACUCAACACCUUCGCCUACAAGAGGCCAAGCACUUACUUCUUG